AUGCAGGCUAAUAAUGGUGACUUCAGAGCGACCAUUGGAAAACUCCAAAUUUCAGAAUCUGAAGCCUCUCUCCGGUGGAUCUACUACCAUUCAAAAUUGCAGAAGGGUGAUGGUGUGAUUCUGGAAGCCAGCUCGGGGCCUGAGCUCGCUCAGCAUAUCAAGGAUAUCGCCCAAGGGCUUCUACCCGCUGAGACUGUGAAAGAACUUGACUUGUUUUGCAGGAGACUGCGUGGUGGGCAGAAAGCGUGA